UUGUUGUUUCCAAAGAAGCUUAUAGAGAAAUAAAUUACAGCUAAUCUGUCAUAUCUGCAUGAUAUUCGUUGUUCGGUAUAGUCUUGCAUUGUUUUCCUUCUAAUCCACUAAACAAUAAGGCUGGUAUUACAAGGCUUAAGUGUCUGUUGUUGUAUCGCUCUGUAAAGCUCAUUAUCCGGAGCUCUGCACACUGACAGCUGAGUUGUCCAAUGGUUGGUUGGAAUCCACUGGUUAUCCAAUGGUAACAGGUCUGAGCUGAUGCUCUUUGCUUAUUGGUGAAGAGUGUGUAUCGGUUAGUCUUCCUCCUCGCUGCUGAAUGCCUUUCCUCUGGUCAAGGUUGCACUUGCUAUAGUCGCAGCAGGACGCGACAGGAGCUCCAUUUACGCACGAACAGAGCAGCAGACUAAUUAGCCAAGGCUCUGCUCCAACUUCUCGUCGUACUUACGCGCCAUAGAGGAAUCUUUCACCUCAGAGUAGCAGCCAUGGAUGAACUGGAGGAAGAGUUAAAAUGCCCUGUUUGCGGCUCUUUUUACCGGGAGCCCAUCAUACUGCCGUGCUCCCACAACAUUUGCCUGGCUUGCGCUCGGAAUAUUCUUGUACAGACCCCCGACGCCGAGUCUCCACAGAGCAGCCGAGCCUCCGGAUCCGGCGUCUCUGAUUAUGAUUACCUGGAUUUGGAUAAAAUGAGUUUGUACAGUGAGGCGGACAGUGGCUACGGUUCAUACGGGGGCUUUGUCAGCGCCCCGACUACCCCUUGCCAAAAAUCACCAAAUGGGGUGCGGGUUUUCCCCCCGACAGUCCCCCAGCCUCCACCACAACAUCACCUGCUACCGCAGCCCGGCUCCUUGCCUCCGAUCCCUCGCAACUCCUGCAUCACUUGCCCGCAGUGUCAUCGUAGUCUCAUCCUGGAUGACCGGGGGCUCCGCGGAUUCCCCAAGAACCGGGUGCUGGAGGGGGUUGUGGACAGGUAUCAGCAGAGCAAAGCGGCCGCUCUCAAGUGCCAGCUCUGCGAGAAGAGUCCGAGGGAGGCCACCGUGAUGUGCGAGCAGUGCGACGUCUUCUACUGCGACCAGUGCCGCCUGCGGUGCCAUCCUCCCCGCGGUCCCCUCGCCAAGCAUCGCCUGGUACCCCCGGCGCAGGGGCGGAUAAGUCGCCGCGCCAGUCCCCGUAAAAUCUCCACUUGCACAGAGCACGAACUAGAGAAUCUAAGCAUGUACUGUGUACAGUGUAAGAUGCCUGUGUGUUAUCAGUGUUUGGAAGAAGGCAAACACGGCACACAUGAAGUCAAAGCUUUGGGCGCAAUGUGGAAACUGCACAAGGGUCAGCUGUCCCAGGCCCUCAAUGGUUUGUCAGACCGUGCCACUGAAGCCAAGGAGUUCCUGGUCCAGCUGAGAAACAUGGUACAGCACAUCCAGGAGAACGGAGUGGAGUUCGAGGCCUGUUUGGUGGCGCAGUGUGACGCCCUCAUCGACGCCCUGAACCGACGGAAGGCCCAGCUGCUGGCUCGAGUAAACAAUGAGCACGAACACAAGCUGAAGGUUGUUCGGGAUCAGAUCUCCCACUGUACGGUGAAAUUACGUCAAACCACGGGGCUGAUGGAGUACUGUCUGGAGGUGAUCAAGGAGAAUGACCCCAGUGGUUUCCUUCAGAUUUCUGACGCUUUGAUCCGGAGGGUCCACAUGACAGAGAGCCAGUGGGGGAAGGGGACGCUCACCCCAAGAAUGACCAGCGACUUUGACCUCACUCUGGACAGCGGACCUCUCCUACAGACAAUCCACCAGCUGGACUUUGUCCAGAUGAAAGUUCCAGCUGCUCCGAUGCUCCAGCUGGAGGAAUGCUGCACUCAGAACAACAGCGCCACGUUGUCAUGGAAACAGCCACCACUCUCCACCAUCACCGUGGACGGAUACAUCCUAGAGCUGGACGAUGGAAACGGGGGCCCGUUCAGAGUAGGUUUCCAUCUGCAGGAAGUGUACGUGGGGACUGAGACCAUCUGCACAGUGGACGGGCUUCACUUCAACAGCACAUACAAGUCCAGAGUGAAGGCAUAUAAUGCCAGCGGUGUGGGCCAGUACAGCAAGACGCUAAUCAUGCAGACGUCUGAGACUGGACUCCCUCCAUGUGAUAUUCAGUCUAUAGGCACAGUUGCUUGGUUCACCUUUGAUCCGGCCUCCGCUCACCCAGACAUCAUCCUUUCCAACGACAACCUGACGGUGACAUGCAACAGCUAUGAUGACAGGGUGGUCAUGGGUAAUUCUGCUUUCUCCCGUGGCGUUCAUUAUUGGGAGAUGACCGUCGAUCGAUAUGACAACCACCCAGACCCGGCCUUUGGGAUCGCUCGGGGUGAUGUCCUAAAGGAUGUGAUGCUGGGAAAGGAUGACAAGGCCUGGGCCAUGUAUGUGGACAACAACCGCUCCUGGUUCAUGCACAACAACUCACACACCAACAGGACGGAUGGUGGCAUCAGUAAAGGAUCUACAAUCGGAGUGCUGCUUGACUUCACGCGUGGGAUCCUCAUCUUCCUCCUCAAUGAUGAGCAGCAGGGUCCAGUGGCGUUCGAAGGGUUGGAGGGCGUUUAUUACCCGGCUAUCAGCCUCAACCGAAAUGUCCAGGUCACAUUGCAUACUGGUCUACCUAUCCCUGAUUUCUACACCCCUGGAGAGGCAGAUCCGACUAGCUCUGUGUGCUAAAGACUGCCGACUGUGGGUUUGGGAAAACCUCCCCAGGAUUUCCCAGGGUUCAUCCUGCCAGUCAAUAACUAUGAUCCCACCCUCCUCUUGUCCCCUUGACCGACUGGACCCCAUGACCCUGUGCAACAGGCCCCAUCGAGCACUGAGCCAUGCCUUUAUCAUGCCUAAACCUUGGACACAAGGGACAUUCGCAGAAACUGGACGGUGCUUUGCCUUCUGUACCUUGUAUGCUGAUGUAAAGAAGGUGAAAUCAGUUGAAAAAUUACCAAGAUUUCAAGUUGAUGGACUUAUACGCUUUUGUGCUUAAAGUAAUAGUUUAACAUUUUGGGAAAAAGGUGAUAUGCUUUCUUCCUGCAUUAGAUGACACCACUCUCAAGCCUCUGGUAAAUGUAUACAUACGGUCAGCAGCUGCAUAGCUUAGCUUAGCUUAAAGACUGGAAAUGGAAACAGCUUUGGCUCUGUGAACAACUCUAAAGAUCACUUACUAAAAUGUUAUAUCGCAUUUGUUUUAUUAAUUUGUAUAUAAAGCCAAAUUGUAAAAACAUACAAUUAUGAUUUUACUGUUUGAGUUUUGCGUGGAUAUUAAUUAGUGAGCUGUAGAGGUGGAUUUUUUUUACCAUUACGGAGCCUCAGUAUGAACACGGCCUUAGACAAACCCAGUCUUUAUGCUAUGCUAAGUGGUAGCUGUAGCUUGGUAUACAGACAUGAGAGUGGUUUCACCUAAAGUGAAUGUGUUCCAAAUUGGAGGAGGUAGUUUUGUAAAUGAGUUGACUCAGAGGAAGGAGCUCCCAUCACACCAUCUACUUAGUUCGGUAUAUUCUCCUUUCUUUUUGUUUUAUUUUUCAAAAGCACAUGCACAAGUACAAUAUCUUGCAAAUAUUUUCUGCCGUCAGUCAUAAGCAGCUUUAACUCAUUUAAAACACCAGAUGGAGUGUGAGAGGUUGUCUUUUCCUUGCAUUUGUGUGAAUGUAUGUGAGGGAUGUGGAUGGGCCAAGCCUGAUCAGCAGCUGCAAUGACCCCUGGGCGUCACUGUCAUAUCCAUGUCCAUGUAAAUGAGACACUUUCCGUAGUGGCUUAGCUCCUGUGAAUCUUCUGUAUCGUCUGCAAAAAAACAAUACAGCAUCCGUGUAUAAAAUGCUAUUGAAAGCGAAGUCUACAGUAGUGCAGCUCUCAAAACAAAAGGGAGGGAUUUUUGGUUUAAUGUAUCAUAAAAGCAGGCAGUUCUUUGUGCUAAAGUGAGAUAAAGAUGAAUGUGAAGCAGUUUGAAUAAGGUGCUACAGCAGCUUGCUUAGGUCUUUUUUUACUGUAGGUGAUUGAAUCCUGGUAGUUUUGUAAUAUUGCUACUGAAAUGAUUUAUUGCAAAGAGGUGUAUAGCUAAAUAAGUUAAUGUUCAGAGUUUUUCAAUGAGAUUUCAUCAUCCUUUAUUUGAUGUAUAGUUAUUAUGGAAAGGAAGGAAUACAAACUUUUUGUUGCUUUAAAAUGUAGCUUUGAGUCUGUUCUCAAGCUGAAGAGGUUUUAUGGUUAUUGUGAAAACCAGUUAAUGUUUUACAAAAGCAACAAGAAUGGUGAUAAUGCUCUGAGAUGGUUGUUUGUGGUUGCAUGUGGGCAGCAGCAUCCUCAACAGGCAAUGAUGUGAAACAAAUACUCAAAUCUUUAAGGACUAAGCCAUGGCAGUAGCUUUGUGACACUCUACUUAGGCGUAGUGGUGCUUUAAGCUAAAUGCCACAAAUGGUGGUGCAAGAGGAAGAGUCAUAGGAUCACUAAAGUCAGUAGGAUCCAUCUUCUAGGGAUGUGUGUUGGUGCCAGUCCAACUGAGAGAUACACAGGACAAGUGACAACUUUGAUUUGCUGGUGUUGUUAGAGGAAAAGUCAGGGAUCAAGGAAGGUCAGCAGAAUUCAUCCUCCGGGAAACAUGAAUGUCUGUACAAAAUUCCAUAGAAACUCAUCUGACAGUUGUUGAGCUAUUUCAGUCUGAACCACAGUGACGGAGCGACCAACAUUUCCAUAGAGCCACACAGCCAGCAUGGCUAAUGUUUCCUGACAGCAGUAACCAGAGUUACACUGUUGAGGGAUUGGAAAGAGGAAAUGGCCGCCUAUAAAAGAUGCCUAAUAAGUUUCCCUGAGCACUGUAGUCCUGAGACACACUGUACAGUACAUGUCUAACAUUUACAUACAGUAAGGUGCUAUCCUGUGUUUGAGCUUCAUUGGGUGUGCCUUUAUCCCCUCUUCAGUUCCCAAAAGAUUGAAGAAACGUUGCUACAAUCUAGAUUCAUCGCUUCAGCAGAGUCGACUAACAUCUGUGAUGCCUGACUUCACCUGCUGCUACAUAUGUUUUCUAUUGUAAAAGGGCAAAAUUCAACAAUAACCAUGUUUACUAUAAACAACCACAGUAUUGAAGGGAAUAGCUCUUAAUUUUUAGUUUUAAAGUUUUUAUUAUUUCUCUUCCUUUGGGGUGAUUGUAAAUUAUCUGGUACCACAUGGCUGCUAAAUUGUCUGCACACAGUAAAUGUUAUAAUAUCGAGUAUGAUGUGUGCAUGUGAACAGCUGACAAUGAUAAAAUAAAUCGAGCUACUACAGCUUUCAGGAAGUUGCACAGCCUUUGCUGCAAGACUGAAUUAAAGCUUUGAGUUAUGUAACAUUUUAAUUGGAUGUUUUUCACAGUAAAGCCUUGUGUCCGGCCUUAAAUAUAACACUACAGUACACGAGCAGCUCAGUCAGCAGUGGCUGACUGAGCAGUGAGAGCUGCUCUGACUCAUACACAGAGAAGUGCAGCCAUUAUCCCAGCGUUACAUACCCUCUGAAUCCAGGACAAAUAAACAGAAAUGGUUUUAAUGCAGCAAAAGGCUUCAUUAAAAGAAUUGUUCAUAUUUCCAACAUGAGGUGACACAUUUUGUUACUUUUUAACAUAAGAUAAUUAACAUAUUCUCUGGGAAAAAGUGAACUUCUCUGAUUAAAAAGUGACAUAGAUGUGUGUUUCUGUGAAGAACACAGGGGUGCUGAUACUUAAAAAGUGUGUGAUUGUAACCAUUAUUAUUUCUGCUCCAGCCAAAUACACAGUAAUUAUGUUAAAAUAGACCUGGGGAUGAUUUAAGUCUAUCAGGCCUCAUUAAAAUUCAAUGAAUUACUGAAAAGUUACACACAGUCGCUGGGCGACACUGUGUGCUAUAGCUCCAAAUGUACAUAUUUACCAGUGUGUGUGUGUGUGAGUGUGUGUGUGUGUGUGUGAGUCUGUGUUAUCUGCAUUACAACCUCAUUUUAACUUCACAGUGACCUUGUUUGAUCUGAGGUAGAAUGCCAUCACUCAACAUUAUUAUUUACAGUGAUACUGAAAUGUCCGAGGAGUUUAAUGAAAGAAUAAUUGUUAUUCCCAUGUUUUUAACACAGUAUGAUUACUAUGAUUGUUAUAAUUCUGUGUCUAUCAUUAUCAUAUUACUGCUAUUAUUAUCAUGAUUUGAAGUGUAAUAUGAGCCUGUGUUUUCUGUAUAUGAAUAUUCAAUAAAUAGGUGGUGUAAGGUGAUGU